AUGCACAUUCGAGGCGUCCCACCUGGAAGAAGCGCCGAUUCCAGGAAAAUGGUUGAAAAGGAAGGUAAGCAUAAAUCACCUAAUUGCUUUUGCUGCAAAGAGUCUGGCCACGUGAAGCGCGAUUGUCUGAAGUGGAAAUCCGGAAAAUGUUUCAAGUGCGGUGAAGUAGGUCAUUUUGCGCGAGACUGCGUAGAAAAUCACGAUCAAUUUAACGAACAUGUUUCCUCGAGUACCGCGAGUUCGAGUGCAAGUGGUGGUACAUAG